AAAAUGAGAUGGGGAAAGAAAGCGAUUCCGGUUCCGACUAACUUAAAACAAACACCUUUUUUCCCUAAUUUACGAUUUGAUGGCCAUAAGGCCUCUGCUACAGCAAUUCACAAUCUUCCAUCAUCGGCACCAUAACAACACAACUUUCUUCUCUCUCUUCUUUCCUUCUACAACUAAGUCUCCCUCUCCUUCCCUUCUCUUCUCUUCUCGAUCGCCAAUUACCUUAUUGCGUCGCUUCGCAUCUGGCGCCACUUUCUCUCACCAAAAGCAAGAGCAACAGCGCCAACCGCCUGUAGGCCUCCAUCGCUCGAAGUCGUUAGCUCCGUUGCCAGACACGCUGGCGCAGAAAAUCGGGAAAUCAAUUCGCCGCCCUGGCGCCCCUUCCAAAGCUAGGGUUUACGGUGAUGUUAAUGUUAUCCGGCCUAAGGAGUACUGGGAUUACGAGUCCCUUACUGUCCAAUGGGGGGAGCAGGAUGAUUACGAGGUGGUGAGGAAGGUUGGACGGGGAAAAUAUAGUGAGGUUUUUGAGGGCGUCCAUUGCACUGAUAAUGAGAAAUGCAUCAUUAAGAUUCUCAAACCUGUGAAGAAGAAGAAGAUUAAGAGGGAGAUUAAAAUACUGCAGAAUCUCUGUGGCGGGCCAAAUAUUGUGAAGUUGCUUGAUAUCGUUAGAGAUCAGCAAUCAAAGACCCCAAGUCUUAUUUUUGAAUAUGUAAAUAAUACUGAGUUUAAAGUGCUUUACCCAACACUCUCAGACUAUGACAUUCGAUAUUACAUUUAUGAACUUCUGAAGGCUUUGGAUUAUUGCCACUCACAAGGUAUUAUGCAUCGAGAUGUGAAGCCUCAUAAUGUCAUGAUUGAUCAUGAGCAGAGGAAGCUUCGCCUUAUAGAUUGGGGAUUAGCAGAGUUCUAUCAUCCUGGCAAAGAAUACAAUGUUCGUGUUGCUUCAAGAUACUUUAAAGGCCCUGAACUUCUUGUUGAUUUGCAAGACUAUGAUUAUUCGUUAGACUUGUGGAGUCUUGGUUGCAUGUUUGCUGGAAUGAUAUUCCGUAAGGAGCCGUUCUUCUAUGGGCAUGAUAAUUAUGAUCAACUGGUCAAAAUAGCCAAGGUACUUGGAACAGAUGAAUUAAAUGCUUAUUUGAACAAGUACCGCAUAGAGUUGGAUCCACAUCUUGCAGCUUUAGUUGGCAGGCAUAGCCGGAAACCAUGGACAAAGUUUAUUAAUGUUGACAAUCAGCAUUUGGCAGUUCCUGAGGCUGUUGACUUCCUUGACAAGUUGCUGCGAUAUGAUCACCAAGAAAGGCCUACUGCAAAAGAAGCAAUGGCCCAUCCUUACUUCUAUCCAAUUAGAAAUGCAGAAAGCAGCAGGGUUCGUACGUAGUUUCAAAUUUCAGGAUGCUGUCAAGAUACGGCAUCUUUCUUCUGCGCUUUGUCAGGGUCUUUUCCCUUGUAAUCUGACUGAACUUAUAAUGUGUUGGUGAGCUUGCAUCCAGGAAACCUUUUCAUGUUUCUGUUGUUACAAACUGAGUCAAUUUUUUAAUGCUCAAUUUAGAUUUCUAAAUCUAGAUAUUUCUGGCUUUAUUAUUGUAAGUUCACUAUGUGCUCCUUUAUUCAGGAAACGAAUUUUAUUACAGUUUUUAUUCUGCAGUUUCUUGAUUUAGGGGAAGUAUCCAUAUUUUGUUA